AUGAUUGAUUCCUCAGACCACGUCGUGUCCCGCAGUGUCGCCACGAAGAUCAACGAGCCAAACAUGACGAUCACGGAGCAGGAGGAGGGCGAUGCCGCUGAUGAAGACGUGGAUGAACUCGAGGAGAGCGAUGUCGGCGGCACAGAACGUGCGGAGGAGCGGCGCCAAGUGAAAAUUGAGUUCCACGGCGACUACAAAUGUGAUCGCUGCAAGUGUGUUGAGGAACGGGCACAAAGACGGGCAGCAAAGCUCGGGAAAGGCCCCAAUGAAAUCGCGCCGUUCAUUUGCACGAUCUCCGGGAGACGGAAGCGUUGCGACUUCUGCUCAAAGGGCCGGCGACCACACUGCUCGGUUCAGCCAUAUCUCAUCAACAGUUUGGUCAGCGUCGAUAAGGACCUUGUCGGCACAUAUACGUCCAACCACGCUCCCGAGGCCACAGUCACUGGGAUCGAGUCCAACACCAAGAUCUACUCGCCAGCCCGCGUACAGGACGAUUCGCCUCGAACGAAGCAUACGACCAGCCUCGCAAAGCCCAAGCGCAAGAACACAGUUAAAGCAGCGAAAAAGGUCGCAGGCGUUCGCAGCAGCGCAAGCCAGCCCCGCAAGCGUGCUCAGCCGCGCACACGUAUCGCCACCUCAGUAACUGGAUCGUCUUCGCACUCAAAUAACUCGCCAAGUUGUGUCGAGACCGAUCUCUUGAACGAGGAGGGGCCUCGUCUCCGUAGCACUGCGGAGGAGGCCCCGGAUGUCCUGCGCAGUGAUGUUCGCAGACUCGAAAGCGAGAUGCACGAACUGCGCAACGCAUUGGAAGCUGAGCGGGCAUUCCGGAAGGAGGUAGCAGUCGAUCUCGCCAAACUUCGCAGUGAGGUGGAUGACCUACGCGCUGGCACCGGUGUGUGCCCCUUGGCCGCUCAUGAACCGGAUAUAUCGUCGUUCAUUGCCAGGGUUAGGAGGCCGUUGGGCAGUGUCGAUGAUCGCGAUGAUUGUGAUAUGACUCGUCAAACGGCUGGUGCGAGCGCAAUGGCCCGCCGCGAAACGUCCACACUCGUUUACUGUCUUCGAUCGCACGGCGAUGACCCAGACUUCUUCUGCGUCACGCCCAAGGAUAACAUCAGCUCGCAUUCGCUUCAGUCCGACGACUUGCAGCCCGUCAUGCUACAUGCGACGGCGCUCAACGCUCACGGCGUCCACCAUCCCGCAGCUGCAGCACCUCCGUCGCAGCCCCGCCGUCGCAGUCCGUCCGAAGCCCGCCCGGAACGAAGGGACCCGCCAGCUGGCGGGUCGAAGCACGGCGGCCUAGCCCGCGAGGACGUCCGCCAGGUCGACAUAGGAGAUGCGCGACGACUCUCUGCGAAACGUUGGCAGGAUGUCGCUUUUAUGCGGAGUCCUGUCCAAGGCGUCGACCACCUCGUUUCACGCCCUCGACUCUGGACGGGGCAGUCUCAGCUACGCGGCAACAGAAGCAAAGUCGGCGAGUCGCGCAGCCGGUGGAGCGGUACCGUAGGAGGAGCCAUGCCAGGGUGCGAAGAAGAGAAAACCCCUUACCACGUACUUGCCGCGCCGAAUGCGCUAGCGAAGGCGACGCUUCGCGCGAAGAUAUCCGAACUGCAGCCCACGCCUCGCCCGCCCAUCCGUCGCCCCGUCUCGCCCCGGUCCCCUCUCUUGGACUCCCCUCUCGUGUGUCAUUGUUUCCUCCAUGGCGGUGUCGCCGUCCACCUCCUCGCCUCACCUGAUGCCAUACCGGUGUAUGAUGGUGCUGCGCGGCCACUAACGUCAGACUCGUCCGAGUCUGUGUUACCACUGGCAUGCGCCGACUCCCAUGCCUCGGCUUUCGAACAGUCGCCUUCGACCGCUGUCCAGACCUUCUACUGUCACCUCUGCACUGUCGCCGAUACAGCCAUCCAGAUGUGCGAGUGA